CCUGGGAGAACCCAGGGGCUGGUCCCUUGAGGGGCAGAUCCUGGACAGAAUGGAGAACUACACAGAGGCAAGCUUGGCGCCAGAGCUGGAGGAGCAGAGGGUCUUAAUCGACAACCCUGCUGACAUCGUGGUCAUUGCUGCUUACUUCCUGCUGGUCAUUGGUGUCGGCUUGUGGUCCAUGUGCAGAACCAACAGAGGCACUGUGGGCGGCUACUUCCUGGCGGGACGAAGCAUGGUGUGGUGGCCGGUCGGGGCCUCUCUCUUUGCCAGCAACAUCGGCAGUGGCCACUUUGUGGGCCUGGCGGGGACUGGUGCUGCAAGCGGCUUGGCUGUGGCUGGAUUUGAGUGGAAUGCGCUGUUUGUGGUGCUGCUGCUCGGCUGGCUCUUCGUGCCGGUGUACCUGACGGCGGGCGUCAUUACCAUGCCGCAGUACCUGCGCAAGCGCUUCGGCGGCCAUCGCAUCCGCCUCUACCUGUCCGUGCUCUCGCUCUUUCUGUACAUCUUCACCAAGAUUUCGGUGGACAUGUUCUCGGGGGCGGUAUUCAUUCAACAGGCUCUCGGCUGGAACAUCUACGCCUCCGUCAUCGCGCUCCUGGGCAUCACCAUGGUCUACACUGUGACAGGAGGGCUGGCGGCGCUGAUGUACACGGAUACCGUGCAGACCUUCGUCAUUCUCGGGGGCGCCUGCAUCCUCAUGGGUUACGCCUUCCAUGAGGUGGGCGGGUAUUCUGGGCUUUUCGACAAAUACUUGGGGGCAAUGACAUCGCUGACGGUGUCGGAGGAUCCGGCCGUGGGCAACAUCUCCAGCUCCUGCUACCAACCCCGGCCCGACUCCUACCAUCUGCUCCGGGACCCUGUCACGGGCGACCUACCGUGGCCUGCGCUGCUCCUGGGGCUGACCAUCGUCUCUGGCUGGUACUGGUGCAGCGACCAGGUCAUCGUGCAGCGCUGCCUGGCGGGGAAGAACCUGACCCACAUCAAGGCGGGCUGCAUCCUGUGCGGCUACUUGAAGCUGAUGCCCAUGUUCCUGAUGGUCAUGCCGGGCAUGAUCAGCCGCAUUCUUUACCCGGACGAAGUGGCGUGUGUGGUGCCCGAGGUGUGCAAGCGCGUGUGCGGCACCGAGGUGGGCUGCUCCAACAUCGCCUACCCGCGGCUCGUCGUCAAGCUCAUGCCCAACGGUCUGCGAGGACUCAUGCUGGCGGUCAUGCUGGCCGCGCUGAUGUCCUCGCUGGCCUCCAUCUUCAACAGCAGCAGCACCCUUUUCACCAUGGACAUCUACACGCGCCUGCGGCCUCGCGCGGGGGACCGCGAGCUGCUUCUGAUGGCCGCCCACCGCAGGCUCUGGGUGGUGUUCAUCGUGGCGGUGUCGGUGGCCUGGCUGCCCGUGGUGCAGGCGGCCCAAGGCGGGCAGCUCUUCGACUACAUCCAGGCCGUCUCCAGCUACCUGGCGCCGCCCGUGUCCGCGGUCUUCGUGCUGGCGCUCUUCGUGCCCCGCGUCAACGAGAAGGGUGCCUUCUGGGGACUGAUUGGGGGCCUGCUGAUGGGCCUGGCGCGCCUUAUUCCCGAGUUUUCCUUUGGCUCGGGCAGCUGCGUCAGGCCCUCCGCGUGCCCGGCACUCCUCUGCGGGGUGCACUACCUCUACUUCGCCAUCGUGCUCUUCGUCUGCUCGGGCCUCCUCACCAUCGUCAUCUCACUGUGCACAGCGCCCAUCCCGCGCAAGCACCUCCACCGCCUGGUUUUCAGUCUCCGGCACAGCAAGGAGGAACGGGAGGACCUGGAUGCUGAGGACCUGGAAGGUCCGGCCUCAGCCCCUGUACAGAACGGGCGCCCGGAGCACGCGGUGGAGAUGGAGGAGCCCCAACCCCCAGCACCAGGCCUGCUCCGCCGGUGCCUGCUCUGGUUCUGUGGAAUGGGCAGGGGCGGGGCAGGCAGUCCCCCACCCCCCACCCAGGAGGAGGUGGAUGCGGCAGCCAGGCGGCUGGAGGACAUCAGUGAGGACCCGCACUGGGCCCGUGUGGUCAACCUCAAUGCCCUGCUCAUGAUGGCCGUGGCCACCUUCCUCUGGGGCUUUUAUGCCUGAGGCCGACUGUGCUGGGCGCCCUG